AUGGUCCACCCAACUGUGUUCUAUGACAUCACCAUGGGUGGCGAGCCCUCGAGUCAGGUCUCCUUCAAGCUUGCACACAAAGUUCCAAAAACAGCAGAGAACUUUUGUGCUCUGAGCACUGGGGAGAAAGCAUUUGGCUACAAAGUUUCCUGCUUUCACAGGAUUAUCCCAGGAUUUAUGUGCCAGGGUGGUGACUUCACAUGCCAUCAUAACAUUGGCAGCAAGUCCAUCAAUGGAGAGAAAUUUGAUGAUGACAAUUUCAUCCUGAGGCACACAGAUCCUGGCAUCCUGUCCAUGGUGAACACUGGACCCAACACGAAUGGUUCCCAGUUUUUCAUCUGCACCGCCAAGACCAAGUGGUUGGAUGGUAAGCACGUGGUGUUUCGCAAGGUGAAGGAGGGCAUGAACAUCGUGGAAGCCAGGGAGUGCUUUGGGUCCAGGAAUGGCAAGACCAGUGGGAAGAUCACCAUUGCUGACUAUGGACAAGUCUAA